AUGCGCCAAACCUUUUUGGAAAUUGAACAGAAGCUCUUCGGUCUCUCGAAGGAAGAAGAGUUGGAUGGGAUUUCGAUGCAGAGUGAAGAGUUUUUUGAUCUCGUUACUGAAAUUCUCUACCAGAUCGCCAGAAAACUGAAACCCCUUUCGAACCCCCCAGAAGCAAAGCCCUCCCUAGACAGUAGAAUUGCCACCGUUCCAAGUUCCGCUCCGACCAUUAGGCUUCCCGAAAUCUCGUUGCCCAAGUUCAACGGCCAUUACGACCAGUGGAUUUACUUCCGCAACCAGUUCAACCAUCUUGUUCGGCGCAACGAGGCCCUAAACGAUCAUCAGCGUCUCCACUAUUUGCGCUCUUGCCUUGUCGGGGAAGCUGAGAACUUCGAGUCGUCGGAAGAGUCGUUCUCGUCGUUGUGGAAAGCCCUCGAACAGGAGUUCGAGAACCGGCGCUGGCUGGUAGACAACCAUCUUGCGGAACUGUUCCAGAUCAAGCGGUUGGAGUUCGAGUCGGCGAACGAUCUGCAUCAGCUGCUGAACGUCGUCCAAAGGAACCUUCGUGGCUUGUCCUCUUUGAAGCUUAACCUCGAACCCCUUUCCGAAGCAAUGCUAGUCCACGUUGUUGCUUCCCGUCUCGAUGGUGACACGCACAAGGCUUUCGAAUCCCACGUGGUCGGCCAGAGUUCUGUCAAGUGGAGUGAAAUGGUCGACUUCCUGUUGAAUCGCUGUCGCAUUUUGGAGAACCUGGAGCAAGAACGUAAGCAAACCCGUGUACACCCGAAGCCAGUCGGAGCUAGGCUGCAACCGAAGGUGUUGGUGAGCGCCACCCGUGAUGAGGAGAAGAGGAAUUUCGGUUGUUUCAACUGCACAGGUAGCCAUUACAUCAACGAGUGUCGCAGCUUCCUCGCUCUGCCUGUGAAGCAGCGGUUCCAGAGGGUCAAGGAUUUGAAAUUGUGCAUCAACUGUUUCUCCAAUCGCCACAUUGUCGCCAAUUGCAAGAGUGGUACCUGCAAGUCUUGUGGCCAACGUCACAACACGCUUCUCCAUUUCGACCCCAAGAUGCCAGGUGAAGGAACGUCGUCGCAGUCUAGUGCAUCGUCGGUUCGCCCUAGAGCAAUCCAGAACAAGCCCGAGCAAGAUCGGGAUCGCGUCGGUCUGUGUGCUCUGACUUCUCCAGACGCUGCUCGUGAACAACCCGCGCCCGGACCAGAGGCGCGCCUUGUCGACCCCGCUCUAGAUUCGAAGAAGACGUCCGGACCAGUGGCGUCAGAGGAUCGAUCAGUUGAACCAAAGUCGCCCUCCAAGAAGGUUCAGUUGAUCUCGACGAGCGGACAAGCACUGCUGCACACUGCGAUCGUGUACGUUCAAGGAUCAAACGGGGAAGUCCAAGAGUGUCGUGCGGUCCUGGACUCGUGUGCAAUGUGUUCGUUCAUGACGACUGCGUGUGCUCAACGUCUGCGACUCAAAACGUUCCCUGCUAGUGUUUCGAUUGUCGGAUUCGGUGGAGCAGGCCAUGGAAUCACCGAAGCAGCUGUCGCUCACGUUUUCUCGAAACCGUCUGUGAUCGAACACCAAGAAGUCGUUGUUGAGUUUCUCGUCGCUCCGUGCAUCGUUAACCGGUUGCCUUUGCGCUCGUUCGACAUCUCAAGCUGGAUCAUACCGGAGUGGAUUGACCUCGCAGACCCCCACUUCAACCAUCCGGAGAAGAUCGACAUCCUGUUUGGCAUCGUUGAGUGGGAUAAGAUGAUGUUGAGCCAGACCCAUAAACUCGGCGACGAGUUGCCUACGCUGCGACGAACAAUCUUCGGAUGGGUCGCAGGAGGACCGGUGAACGAGGAGGUCAACUAUCCUACACUGCAAGCUCUGCCGGUAACGAACGAACAGCUGGACGAACAACUGACCAAGUUCUGGGAAGUCGAAAGCUACAGCACGGAACGCUUCCUUUCCCCCGAAGAACAAGCUGCUGAGGAUCACUUUGUGACCACCCACUGUCGAGAUGAAAAAGGUCGUUACGUCGUCGCCUUGCCGUUCAAGGAGGAGGAGGUCAAGCUCGGAGACUCGGCACACAUUGCUCACCGUCGUUUUUUGAUGCUGGAAGCGAAGCUGAUCAAGGACCGGAAGCUGUACGACGACUACAGGAAGUUCAUGCAGGAGUACAUCGACCUGGGGCACAUGGAAAGAGUUGGCACUUUCUCUCUCGCUGAACCACAAGAAAUGCCCUACUACUUUUUGCCGCAUCACGCCGUCGUCCGACCCGAAAGCAGUACCACCAAACUACGGGUUGUUUUUGAUGCCUCGGCGAAAUCCAGCAACGGACAGUCCCUGAACGACCAACUCUUGGUAGGACCGACCCUCCAACCCCGCCUGAUCGACAAUCUGCUCAGUUUUCGAACGUACAAAGUCGCAGUCACCUCGGACGUCGCAAAAAUGUUCCGGCAAAUCGAUGUCCGAAAAGAAGAUCGUCGAUUCCAGCAGAUCCUGUGGCGAACCAGUCCCGACGAAGACAUCGGCGUCUAUCAACUGACGACAGUCACCUAUGGCACCGCUUGCGCUCCCUUUUUGGCAACCCGGGCAUUGCUGCAAACCUGUAUCGACGAAGCUGAGCAUUUCCCCCUCGCAGCGGUCUUCGGCAAGAACUCGGUGUACAUGGACGACGUGCUUUUUGGAGCCGAAACAGUCGAAGAAGCCCUUGAAAUGCAGCGGCAGUUGACCGGAAUGCUCGGUAAGGCGGGAUUCGAGUUGCACAAGUGGUGUUCUAACCGCAGCGAACUAUUGGCCGGCAUACCAGAGGACAAACUAGAGCAGAAAGUGCUAUUCACCGAAGAAGGCAAAACCAAGGCCCUCGGGAUUACCUGGCAACUCGAUCUCGACGUCUUCAGUUUCGACAUCCACUCGAUUGCGUUUUCGGAAGGACCUCCAACUAAGCGCAAAGUUCUCUCGGACAUCUCAAAGUUCUUCGAUCCGUGUGGACUAGCAGCUCCAGUGGUCAUGACGGGCAAAAUCUACAUGCAAGACCUGUGGCGAGGAAAGAAGAAGUGGGACGUUGCACUCAAGGAAGAUCUGGCCAAGCUGUGGAUCGAGUACAGGGACGAGUUGUCGGAGAUGAAAACCAUCAGGAUCAGUCGCUGUGUGCUUCCCCUUCGUAGAACGGUCUUUGUCGAGUUGAUUGGGUUCAGCGAUGCGUCGCAAAAGGGCUAUGGGGCAAAUUUGUACGUACGAUCAGUAAACCACGAAGGUCAAACCGCAAUUCGUUUGUUGUGCGCUAAGUCGCACGUCGCACCGCUUAAAGAAAAAAGAGCCUUGAUUCCGCGCUUAGAAAUUUGUGGAUGUGUGAAGCUCGCUCAACUAGUCGACAAAGUAAAACGAUCACUACCAAUUGAAUUCGACCGCAUAACUUGCUACACGGAUUCCAUGAUCGCCUUGAGUUGGAUCAACAUCUGUCCAAGCAAACUUGAACCGUUCAUCGCCAACCGAGUUGCUCGGAUUUUGCGAUUGACCAACAAGAUCGACUGGUUCCACUGCCGGACCGAGGACAAUCCGGCGGAUCUGCUCUCGCGUGGGAUCAUGCCUGGAAAACUAGCAACGUGCGGAAAGUGGUGGAAGGGUCCGCCAUUCAUGAUCGACCACAAGAGACCAACCAGUGUGCAGCUCAUCCCUGAAGAUCAACUUCCGGGACUACUCGUCGUCUGCGCCGUGGAAACGGUGGAGAGAUUUUCGCUGUUCGACAACUGCGAGAAGUACUUCACCAUGGUUCGAGCCGUCGCACGGAUCCAGCGCUGGCACCAGAACGCGUGCAAACGGAGUCCAGAGAAUCGUCGCCACGGUCGUCUGUUCAGCCCAGAGGAGAUGCGUCGAGCCACGCUGGCCCUCGUUCGUCUCGCACAGGAGGAAGCCUUUCCGGAAGUAUUCGCCCAAUUGCGCAAAAAGGUAACCCUCCAGAACCACUCGCUAAUCCCGCUUUCCCCAUUCACAGAUGACCGCGACGUCCUCAGGGUCGGAGGACGCCUCUCCAAGUCGUCCUGCUCGUACGACACGAAACACCAGAUGAUCCUGCCACAGAAACAUCCCUUAACUGUUGCCAUCAUCCGCGAUAAGCAUACGCAAAACAUGCACGCCGGAAUCGAGCUGACCUUAGCUGCCACUCGAAGGGAGUUCUGGAUCAUCCGUGGGAGAGUCGCGGUCAAAGAUAUGAUUGGGAAGUGCGUCGUGUGCUUCGAAGACAACCCUCGCCCAGUUCGCCAGUACAUGGGAGACCUGCCUGCGUGCCGCCUGGAAGGACGGUACCCAUUCCAUCAAGUCGGAAUCGAUCUCUGUGGACCAGUUUUCAUCAAGCAGCGCAACAAACGGUCGACUGUUCAACACAAGGCCUGGAUCGUGCUGUUCGUCUGCCUGUCGACAAAGGCAAUCCAUCUCGAGCUCGUCAGCGAGUUGUCAACGGCGGCCUUCCUAGCCGCUUUCGAUCGUUUCGUCAGUCGUCGCGGUCGCCCUGCUGUUGUUUGGACCGACAACGGCACCAACUUUGUCGGCGCUGCUAACCUGCUUGCGGAGUGGGACAAGUUUUUCGCGAGUGUCGAUACCCAAGACGAGAUUCAACGCGCCCACAGCAACGAGAUCACCUGGCGAUUCAACCCCCCGGAGGCCCCACACUUUGGCGGGAUCUGGGAAUCGAACAUCAAGCAGGCCAAAAAGUUACUGGUGAAGCACACGGCGGGAGCAGCCCUAUGUUUCGAAGAGAUGUCGACGGUACUCGCACGUAUCGAAGCAAUCCUCAACUCUCGUCCGAUUACGCCACUCUCGAACGACCCGGAGGAUUUCGAGCCACUAACACCCGGACAUUUCUUGGUGUUUCGUCCGCUGAACGCUGUCGCACGUCCCGAGGUCGACCGAACCAAGCACGCACGAUCACGAUACGAGCACAUCACUAAAAUCGUGCAACACUUCUGGGAUCGCUGGCACUUCGAGUACCUGACGUCGUUGCAGCAGAGGUACAAGUGGCACCACAAAAUCGUCGUUGAAGUUGGACAGCUGGUGCUGAUCAAGCGGGACAACAUGCCGGUGCAGAAGUGGCUACUCGGUCGAGUCGUUGAGCUGUUCCCUGGCGUUGACGGAGUCACGCGUGUCGUCAAGGUCAAGACCAAGGAUGGGAUCCUUAAGCGAGCGGUUGCAAAGCUGUGCUUCCUUCCAAUCGACCCCGAGAACGGUGUUGAAAGCGCAGCCUUUCAAAGGCGGGAGGAUGUUUAA